AUGGGAGAGAUGUCAAAGAUUCAAUUGGGAGUUAUUGGUGCACUAUUUCUCUCUGUGGCUUCUUCUGUCUCAAUUGUCAUUUGCAACAAAGCCUUAAUGAGCAAUCUUGGAUUUCCAUUUGCUACAACACUUACAAGUUGGCAUUUGAUGGUUACUUUUUGCACCCUUCAUGUUGCUCAACGCUUCAACCUGUUUGAGGCCAAACCUGUUGACAUGAAAACAGUCAUGCUUUUUGGUAUUCUAAAUGGUGUUUCCAUUGGAUUUCUCAACUUGAGUCUUGGUUUCAAUUCAAUUGGAUUCUACCAGAUGACGAAACUCGCAAUCAUACCGUUCACAGUUAUGCUAGAAACUAUUUUCUUAAAGAAACAAUUCAGCCCGAAAAUUAAACUUUCUCUAUUCUUCUUACUUGUCGGAGUUGGCAUUGCCUCAAUCACAGAUCUUCAACUCAAUUUUGUUGGAACCAUUCUUUCAUUACUAGCUAUCAUAACAACAUGCGUUGGCCAAAUCCUUACCAACACAAUCCAGAAGAAACUUAAUGUCACUUCCACACAACUUCUCUACCAAUCUGCUCCAUUCCAAGCAGCAAUUCUUUUUGUUUCAGGCCCUUUUGUGGAUCAGAUGCUAACCAAGCAAAAUGUCUUUGCCUACAAAUAUUCUCCUAUAGUCUUGACAUUCAUCAUCAUGUCAUGUGUGAUAGCUGUUUCUGUGAACUUCAGCACUUUUCUAGUAAUAGGAAAAACAUCUCCGGUAACAUAUCAAGUUUUGGGCCACCUCAAAACUUGUCUUGUCCUAGGAUUUGGUUACACAUUGCUCCAUGACCCUUUCACUGAGAGGAACAUUAUUGGAAUACUAGUAGCAGUUUUUGGAAUGGGAUUGUACUCUUAUUUCUGCACUCAAGAGAGCAAAAAGAAACUGUUGGUUGAUCCACCUCUGUCAACUCAGGUUAAGGAUAAAGAUAUUUCACCAGUUUUGAAUGGUAAUCAGGAAAAGGAGGGUCUUGAGUCUAAGAAAUUAAGCAAGGAUUCUCUUGUUUAA